AUGUUCGCGACUCUUGAUGCCGAGUGGCAGGACCCCGAGCUCCGUUCUCUCUUCGCGCGGCACUGGGGCAUGUUUACAUCUGCUAUGAAUCCCAUCCCUUCGCUUAUCGAGCAGCCGAUCCACGACUAUGCUCGUUCGGAUCUCCAGCUUCGGCCCAAAGAGCAGUACAACACCGACGAGCAUAUCGGUCGUGGGACGAAAGAGAUGCUGAAAAGAUAG